UCUCUGGUUGUGCAGCGCCCUCUGAUGACUGAGAGGCGGAACGACAGAGUGGUUCAGAGAAGAAAGGUCGCAGGUGUGCUGACAACAAAUUUGGCUAAACUAGACUACAGUAACUCCACCUCUUUUAAUUUUAUUACCUGCCCAGUUUGUUUUUAUAAGUAUUAUACGUUUUGAAUUUUAAGUUUUGACAAGAGUUUUGAGUUGACCCAGCGUCAGUUAGAGACUGUAGCAACAAUAAGGCGGUGUGGACCAGAUCGAGGAGGAAAUUAUCAUCCCUGUUUCGACAUUACCACAGCAUCUGGUCUUUAUUUGCGGACCCAAAAAACGAAGAAGCCUCUUUAAGUGGAUUCGACAAGAAGUUUGUAUUGAUUAAGCUUACUUCAUCAGCUCCGGGCUUCAGUUAGUGUUAUAACAACAACAGGCUCGUGUAGCCGUUUGAGUGUCGAUAGUUUCACACGGGAAAUGAACUUAAGCCUUUUUGUUUUGUACUUGCAACAGUUAGCUAACUUCUCGCACGGUUGUGGUCCAUGUUCCUAACGUGACGCUGUGGACGUGGGUGAAUGCGACGCCUCGUCUCUUCGGGUGUUGCCUGCCUGCCUGCCUGGCUGGCUGUCGACCCUCUGCAGCAGCACGCUGCUGCUGCUCCGCCUGCUGCUGUGGUUUCCUGUCUCUCCUGACGCCGUUUGAAACUAAAAGACAUCGAUUUUUUAUUUGGUUUUAAUGCAGCUGCUCAUGUGUGCUGAACAGUAGCACGAUGGGAUCCCUGAAGGCUCUCCAGGAGUGGUGUCGGAUACAGUGCGAGAACUACAACGAUGUGGAAAUCAGGGACAUGUCCGCGUCCUUUCGGGACGGCUUGGCGUUUUGUGCCAUCAUACACCGCCACAGACCAGAUCUAAUAGAAUUCGAUUCGCUGUCUAAAGAAAACGUCUAUGAGAACAACCGUCUGGCGUUUGAGGUGGCGGAGGUGGAGCUGGGGAUUCCAGCCCUGCUGGACCCAGAAGACAUGGUGUCCAUGAAAGUCCCGGACCGGCUGAGUGUCAUCACAUAUGUGUCUCAGUACUACAACUUUUUUAACAACAAGUCCCAAGCAAACCCCCCGUCUAUGAAGAGGGUCAGUACGGUCAGCCAUAAUGAACCGGCUCAGAAAAGGCCGUCAACUCCUUUGGAAGACAAAGGGGUUGAGCCUGAGACCGGUGCAGAGGUGGCUGCAGCAGCCAAGCGCAGCAGUCUGAGCAGCACUUGUGCUGCUUGCCAGAAACACGUUCACCUGGUGCAGAGGUUCCUCAUCGACGGCAAGCUCUACCAUCGGAACUGUUUCAGGUGCACAGAGUGCCACAGCACUCUGCUUCCUGGAUCCUACAAAGGAAAUAACUCCGGGGCGUUGGUGUGUACACACCAUCUUUCAAAACACACUUCAGCCAGUCAGAACGGCCGUCCGGAUCUCAGCAAGAAACCAGAGGAGGUUCAGUCUGCUCGGACCGGUCGCAGUGCAGCUCCCUUCCCCGCGCUCUCCGAGAGGGAUGAGGCGAAGACCCCUUCUCCAGUUCGCUCAACAAGCACCGACACACCAGCUGAUGACUCGGUCGCAACCACUGCUGUAGUAGCAAGCAAGGAAGAGUCUUUGGGUGAGGAAGAGGAGGAACCGCGUCCUUCCUCUCCUCCUAAUCCUUUCGAUGAGAGUGAUGAAGGGGAGGGUGAAAUAGAGGAAGAAACUCAAGCUGAAGAAGCUUCAAAUGGGGAUCUUCCUCCUCCCUCCGAUAGCGAAGCUGCUGAAGCCAGUCGACCUGUUCCUGCACCCAGGAGGGUGUCAGAGGUCACCCCUCCACCUCGCCCUGCGCCUCGGGUUCGGGUGUCCUGCACCGCAGCCGGAGAACAUCUGAAGCCUCCCACUCCUCCCAAACCAAGAGAAAGAUCACAGUCUCCUGGAAGUGGCACCCAUAAACCUAAAGACCCACCUUGGCUUGCCCUGGUCCAAUCAGAAACUAAGAGGAAGAAAGCCCCUCCUCCGCCCCCUCCUGGAGUGGCAACGCCUCCAAACUCGGGCUCUCCGUCUUCUCUCCAAGCGGAGGGCUCUGGACCCGGCACGCCCGCCAACCCAUUUGAGGAUGAGGACGAUGAAGUCGACGAAGAAGAGGGAAGCGACGGAGGAACAGCUCCACCCGCAGUGGCGGCCACCCACCCAUGGUACAGCAUCACCCAGACACCUGAGGGGGCAGGUUCAGAGGUCACGCCCAGAACGGGAAGUUCGUCCCGUUCUGCCAGCCCGGGCAGCGCGAAGAGCAAGAAGAGGCCGGCCCCUCGGGUUCCCCCCCAACCGCCUACUGGGAACCAAGCUCUCAGCAUAGAGAGUUUGUCUUCCUCCUCAGACCACAGCUCCUCCCAGCUCCCACUGGGCGCCAGCAGCGACCAGGAGCAGAGCUUCGGCAAGAGCGUCUCGGAGCCGUCCAUCUCGUUGCCCGGCGACAACCCGUCUCCUUCGUCCUCAGCAGAUCUCCUGAACCACUCCUCCCAAAGCUCCUCUCCGUCUGCUUUGCCUCCCAAUGCCAGCUCCGCUCCGGCCACUCCGCAGAGCAGUCGUAACACUGGAGCCAAGCCGCCUCGACCGACCACCACUCCCAGCCCGCUGACCACGCAGGCACACAACAAAAAGUUUUGUAAGGAGAAUCCCUUCAACAGGAAAGCUUCUCCUUCCAAUGCCAAGUCUGAAACUCGACCUUCCAAAGGUCCUCGUCCUGCCAGACCCCCGGCACCAGGACACGGCUUCCCACUUAUCAAACGCAAGGUGCAGUCGGAUCAGUACAUCCCAGUAGAGGACAUCCAUGCGGAGUUGCUUCAGCUGGAGAAGCAGCUGGAUGAGCUGGAGCAGAGAGGGGUGGAGCUGGAGAAGAAGCUCAGAGACACUCCUAACGAUGAGGAUGAGGAGCGCCUCCUGGUGGACUGGUUCACUCUGAUUCACGAUAAACAUCAUUUAGUGCGACGUGAAGCCGAGCUGGUCUACACUGCGAAGCAGCAGAACCUGGAGGAGAGGCAAGCUGAUGUGGAGUAUGAGCUGAGGUGUCUUCUCAACAAACCAGAGAAAGACUGGACUGAGGAGGACAAGAGUCGGGAACAGGAGCUAAUGGCAGAGCUAGUUACUAUCAUUGAACAGCGCAACCAAAUAGUUAACAGCAUGGAUCAGGAGCGACAGAGGGAAGAAGAAGAAGACAAACUAAUGGAGGCCAUGCUGAAGAAAAAAGACUUUCACAAGGAUCCGGACAGUGACCACCAGAAGAAAAAAGGGACAAAGUUUAAACCCAUCAAGGUGCUAAAGAGGCUGAGCCAUAAAGGAGACGCAGGAAAGAGCCACAGCCCUCGCAAGGACAAAAGCUGAGGAGCAGAGACUGUUGGACUGUUUUAACAAGACUAAAUGAGUUUUUAUUAAAAGCUGAAUUAUGAAACAUAUCAGAUCAAGAACAGAAACUUCCCUUUCCACCAUGGCAUCUGCUCACAAUCCUUCUAAAACGGCUGCAGUGACUGUCUCCAUCUGACGGUCUAACAAGCAAGCGCUUUCUGAGCUCUGAAUAGUAAACAUGGUGAAGUGUAAGGGACAUUUUUAUUGCGCCACACUGAUUUGUUUUAUUUCCAAGCUUUACUCUUCCGGUGUUCCUCAGUGCACCAUGAAGGCUCAGCAGAGGACCAUGUUUUAAACUUUUUGUUUCAGCUUGACGCCCGAGACCCAACAGUCAUGGUUAUAUUGUAGGGAUGCACCGAUCAGAACUUUGUGGCAGUGGAUCCGAUCUCUGGUUUCUGUUAUGCUUUGACCUUCUGAAACGGUUUUUAUCCAUAUCCAGGUUUACUUGGCGGCAUGAGAAGAAUAUUAUUUAAG